AUUUGUUCAGUGCUGCAAUGAAUGUAUACCUAUUCUCAUUAACAUUUUGUUGUUUAGUCGGAUCAGUUCUAAGUCGAACAAAAUAUCAAACAGAAAACAGCUACCAAGUUGUGGGCGUAGAUUGUGGGGAAAAUGAGUCAGUAAGUUGCAUGAUUAUCAAAUGCCCGGAUGAUCAAUAUUGUCCGGCGGCGAAAUUCUGCUAUAAUCCCAAGUGCGUUUGCCGCAAAGGAUUUCGACGACUCAAUGGAUAUUGUGUGCCGAAACACAGCUCUCUGCAUCUCAACAAAGUUAAGUUGGAAACGGCUUUACUGGAAAUGCCAUAUAGCGAGCUAUAAUUUCGAAAGAUCUAAAAGGAAUUGCAAAUUGUUUCCUAUUUAGCAUCCACUUGGUCUUGCACAUGAUCAAAAAACCUAAUUUAAAUAUGUAAAUUAAAUAUAUAAUAUUACUUCAAGAACUUAUUUUAAUAUACUUUUUCACUUUUCAAAAUAUUGA